AUGUGGAGAGGGCCAAAUGUGAACUGUGUUGACAGCACUGGCUACACACCCCUGCACCAUGCUUCUUUGAAUGGCCAUAAGGAUGUGGUCGAGGUCCUUCUGAGGAAUGAUGCGCUGACCAACGUGGCUGACUCUAAAGGCUGCUACCCUCUGCAUUUGGCAGCUUGGAAAGGAGAUGCCCAGAUAGUGCGGUUGCUCAUCCAUCAGGGGCCUUCGCACACCAGAGUCAAUGAACAGAACAAUGACAACGAGACAGCCCUGCAUUGUGCAGCACAGUAUGGCCACACGGAGGUGGUGAAGGUACUCUUAGAGGAGCUGACCGACCCCACCAUGCGUAACAACAAAUUUGAGACCCCUCUGGACCUGGCAGCGCUGUAUGGGCGCCUGGAGGUGGUGAAGAUGCUGCUCAAUGCGCACCCCAACCUCUUGAGCUGCAACACUAAGAAGCACACCCCUCUGCAUCUGGCAGCAAGGAACGGUCAUAAAGCCGUGGUCCAGGUCCUCCUUGAUGCUGGCAUGGACAGCAACUACCAGACGGAGAUGGGCAGUGCUUUGCAUGAGGCUGCUUUGUUUGGCAAGACCGAUGUGGUGCAAAUCCUGCUGGCUGCAGGAAUUGAUGUCAACAUAAAAGAUAACCAUGGACUGACUGCCCUAGACACUGUCCGGGAACUGCCUUCUCAAAAGAGCCAGCAGAUAGCAGCACUAAUUGAAGAUCACAUGACUGGAAAAAGAAGUGCAAAAGAAGUAGAUAAAACCCCCACACCGCAGCCACUUCUCAUCUCCAGUAUGGAUUCAGUAUCACAGAAGUCUCAGGGUGACGCGGAGAAAGCAGCGACUGACCUGGUGAUCGAUUUUGACACAAAUGCGGAAGAGGAGGGUCCCUACGAGGCACUGUACAAUGCUGUUUCCUGCCAUUCGUUGGACAGCAUGGCCAGUGGACGGUCCUCUGACUCCAUGAACAAGGAGGCUGAGGCAGCCGGAGUGAAAACUGCUGGAGUGAGGCCUAGGGAACGUCCACCGCCUCCAGCAAAGCCACCACCUGAUGAAGAGGAGGAAGACCACAUAGAUAAGAAGUAUUUUCCCUUGACAGCUUCUGAGGUCCUAGCCACGAGACCCAGGAUUCAGGGGAGUGCAGCCAGGGAGGAGGAUGAGCACCCUUAUGAGCUGUUAUUAACAGCAGAGACCAAGAAGCCGGUGUCAGUGGACGGAAAAACAAAAGACUACAGGCGGAGCAGCAGCAGCCGGAGCCAGGACUCUGCAGAGGGGCAGGACGGGCAGGUCCCAGAGCAGUUCUCAGGUCUCCUCCACGGCUCCUCCCCAGUGUGUGAGGUGGGGCAGGACCCUCUCCAGCUGCUCUCUGCCACUAGCCAGAGUCAUCCAGACGGGUCUCCCCAGCAGGGUGCCUGCCACGAGACCAGCAUGCAGCUGGAGAAGACGGAUGUGCAUACUCCUGGAGCCUCCCAGCCCAGUGUCCCGGACCAGAGCAAGGGAGUGGGAUGCCCGGCAGGCCUACCCACUACCAACAGCCGAUCCCACCCUGCAACUUUGACUCACGUGGCAUCUCUGCACCCUGGUGGUGCUGAGGAAGGAGACCGGAGCGGGGCAAGAAGCCGAGCCCCUCCCACCAGCAAACCCAAAGCUGAACUCAAACUCAGCCGCAGCUUGUCCAAGUCUGACUCUGAUCUCCUGACCUGCUCACCCACUGAGGACACUACCAUGGGGAGCCGGAGUGAGUCCUUGUCCAACUGCAGCAUUGGGAAGAAGAGACUGGAGAAGUCACCUUCCUUUGCCUCAGAGUGGGAUGAGAUUGAGAAAAUCAUGAGUUCUAUUGGAGAAGGAAUUGACUUUUCUCAGGAACAGCAGAAGAUCUCAGGUUCGCGGACGCUGGAGCAGAGCGUCGGGGAGUGGCUGGAGUCGAUUGGGCUGCAGCAGUAUGAGAGCAAGUUGCUUCUGAAUGGCUUUGACGAUGUCCGCUUCCUGGGGUCUAACGUUAUGGAAGAGCAAGACCUGCGGGAAAUCGGGAUCAGUGACCCUCAGCACCGGCGGAAGCUGCUCCAGGCCGCACGCUCCCUGCCCAAGGUGAAAGCUCUGGGCUAUGAUGGAAACAGUCCCUAUUCGGUGCCCUCUUGGCUGGACUCCCUGGGGCUGCAGGACUAUGUCCAUUCCUUCCUGUCAAGUGGCUACAGCUCCAUCGACACUGUGAAGAACCUCUGGGAGCUGGAGCUUGUCAACGUCCUAAAGGUACACCUGCUUGGCCAUCGCAAGCGCAUCAUUGCCUCCCUCGCAGACAGGCCCUAUGAGGAGCCACCCCAGAAGCCCCCGCGGUUUUCCCAGCUGAGGUGCCAAGACUUGCUCUCCCAGACGUCAUCCCCCCUGAGCCAGAAUGAUUCCUGCACCGGGAGGUCAGCAGACCUGCUGCUGCCUCCUGCGGACACAGGCAGGAGGCGCCAUGACAGCCUUCAUGAGCCUGCAGCAUCCUCUCGAAUGGAGCGCUUCAGAAUCCAGGAGGAGCACCGUGAGGCCAAGCUGACCCUUCGGCCCCCCAGCCUGGCCGCUCCCUAUGCCCCUGUGCAAAGUUGGCAGCACCAGCCAGAGAAACUCAUCUUCGAGUCCUGCGGCUAUGAAGCCAAUUAUCUAGGCUCCAUGCUGAUUAAAGAUCUGCGAGGGACAGAAUCCACGCAAGACGCCUGUGCCAAGAUGCGGAAAUCCACCGAGCACAUGAAGAAGAUCCCCACCAUCAUCCUGUCCAUCACAUACAAAGGUGUCAAGUUCAUCGAUGCCUCUAACAAGAAUGUCAUUGCGGAGCAUGAGAUCCGGAACAUUUCCUGUGCAGCCCAGGACCCGGAAGACCUCUGCACCUUCGCCUACAUCACCAAGGAUCUGCAGACCAGCCACCACUAUUGCCAUGUGUUCAGCACGGUGGAUGUGAAUCUGACGUAUGAGAUCAUCCUGACGCUGGGACAGGCAUUUGAGGUGGCCUACCAGUUGGCCCUGCAGGCUCAGAAGUCCAGGUCAAUGGGAGCCUCUGCAGCCGAGAUGGUUGAAACGAAAUCUUCCAAACCAGUGCCUAAACCUCGGGUCGGCAUGAGGAAAUCUGCACUGGAACCACCCGAUGUGGACCAAGAUGCCCAGUCACAUGCCAGUGUUUCCUGGGUUGUGGACCCAAAACCAGACUCUAAGAGGAGCCUCAGCACCAACUGAGCCACUGAGGAACCCACUGUGCUGCGGAAACACAGACGCAGGAGCACAGGCUCCUCCUCCAGCGCCGCCAUCUCACCUGCAGCUUUGAAGACCCAGGCCCACCUCUGCCUCUUCUUGCUGCUCGGCUUGGGCCUGCCACCACCAGGCCUUGCAGAGCCAGCCCUGCCGGGCCGCAGAGAAGCACGCCAGGCCUCAGCAGAUGGGACUGGGACUCCCGAGGGUCAAGACGUGACUUGUUCAAAACACAUUUUUUUAACAGAAAAAAAAUCCUUUUAUAAAAUGAACUUUUAACACUUGACUCAAACCUCUAGGUCAAACUGCCAAUCUUGAGACAAAUGAGGUCAGAGGAGAGGGGCGCUGAGACUGGCUAGGCCAGCCUGUGCAGCUCUGUCCCAGGAUGGGAGGGUGGUGUGGCUCCCUAGGCCUAAGAGCAGGAGUGGCCUGUGGGCGAGCCAGAAGGCGCAGGCUCAGGAGUCCCCUGUGCAACCCAGCCAGAUUAGUUGCUGUUCCUGAGGAACUAUCCAGAUUCUUGUCCCCAUCAAGGGGUGGCUGGACACAGACGCUUCAGUAAGACACAGCCUAGGAGGCACCUGAGCAAGAGCAGGGUUUCCGGCCUGCCUCUGGUGUUCCAGGUUUGAAGGUCCAGUGGCCAGACAGAGACAUGCGGGCAGUUUCUGGUGCCAUGAGGUCUUAGCCAGCACCAGA